CCAAAAAUAGGGAGUUGAACCCGCUGUUCGCCGAGCAUCACAACCAGCAAUGGCCGCUAGGCAUUUUCUGCUUCACCGCCUUCGGUUGCGUAGCUUCCAAGGGUUCACCGUCGCGGCGCCCAAGGGCCACCGUCUCUGGUGCAGUGCCACGUCAGCACCGGAGGAAGCAGCUUCCAACGCGGAGGUGGAUGACCCCGAGUGGAGGAAGAAAGAAGAGAAGAUCGUGAGGGACGUUGAGCCAAUCGUUUCGUUAACCAUGCAAAUUCUCUACUCAUCAAGGUACAUGAAUGGGGAGAUACUGACUAUGGAGGAUGAAAGAGCCGUGGUAGAGAACAUUCUCAUUUACCAUCCGGAUUAUGAAGAUAAGAUAGGAAGUGGGCUGAACUCCAUUAUGGUUGAUCAACAUCCCCUAUAUCUAUUCCCAAGAUGCCUUUUUGUUGUAAGAACUGAUGGUAGCUGGAUCGACUUCUCCUAUCGGGUGUGCAUUGAGGAAUACAUUAAAAAUAAGUACCAAGUAAGUGCAGAAAGGUUUGUUAAGAGAAGGUUUCUUAGAGAUCUUAUUAAACGUUGGGGUAUUUGAUAUGUAUGUAUUGGAACUUACAAUUUGUGUAGUUAAUGGUAGUAGAUGACAAUUGACCGGGAUGCCUAGCUUGUUUGUCAAGGGAACAUAGAAAAUGAUUGAAGUUAACUUGCAGUUUGUUAACUAGCGGAACACUUUGUGUUGUGGAGAAAUUCAUGAUUAGGUAACUUGCAGACAGUAAGUAAUGAUGUUUUGUUGAUUGGCAGCCUUUAGUAUAGUUGAAAAUUUGCUUGUAUUUA